GUGUAUUGAAUCGGUGCACUCAUGUUCGAGUGAACGGACAGCGAAUACCAUUAACACAGAAGAUAACGCAGAAAAUCGUUGAUCAGUGCAUUCAGUAUGGUACCGGACGUGAUACUUUGCGAUGUUUAGCCUUGGGAACAGUUGAUAGUCCACCUGAUCCUCGCACUAUGAAUUUGGAAGAUUCGUCGCAAUUUGUACUUUACGAAAAGGAUAUUACAUUUGUGGGUGUGGUUGGUAUGUUAGAUCCACCGCGAGCUGAGGUGAUUCCCUCAAUUAAGGAAUGUCGUAUGGCCGGUAUUCGAGUUAUCAUGAUCACUGGUGAUAACAAAGAUACUGCGGAAGCAAUUGGUCGUCGUAUUGGACUUUUCGGAGAAGAUGAAGACUCUACUGGCAAGGCAUUUACUGGGCGGGAAUUCGAUGAUCUACCACCAGAACAGCAAAGCGAUGCAUGCCGACGAGCUAAACUUUUUGCACGUGUUGAACCUGCACAUAAAUCAAAAAUUGUUGAAUUUCUUCAAUCACAUGGUGAAAUUACUGCCAUGACUGGUGAUGGAGUGAACGAUGCACCGGCACUAAAAAAAUCCGAAAUUGGCAUUGCUAUGGGUUCAGGGACAGCUGUUGCAAAAACGGCAUCAGAAAUGGUUCUAGCUGAUGAUAAUUUCGCGACAAUUGUUGCGGCAGUUGAAGAGGGACGAGCUAUUUACAAUAACAUGAAGCAAUUUAUUCGUUAUCUCAUUUCAUCAAAUAUUGGCGAGGUUGUAUCGAUUUUCUUAGUGGCGGCAUUAGGUAUACCCGAGGCGCUAAUUCCCGUGCAACUGCUAUGGGUAAAUUUGGUUACCGACGGUCUUCCAGCUACUGCUUUAGGUUUCAAUCCUCCUGAUCUGGAUAUUAUGGAUCGGCCACCACGUUCUGCUGGAGAGUCACUUAUUUCUAAAUGGCUUUUCUUCCGUUACAUGGCUGUUGGAUCAUAUGUUGGAUUGGCAACCGUUGGUGCGGCGAUGUGGUGGUUUUUGUUAUAUGAAGAUGGUCCACAGAUUAGUUAUUAUCAGCUGACACAUUGGAUGCGAUGUGAAAUUGAACCAGAAAACUUUGCUGAUCUUGAUUGUACCGUUUUCGAGGAUACACAUCCGAAUGCAAUGGCACUUUCAGUUCUAGUUACGAUUGAAAUGUUCAAUGCAUUGAAUAGCUUGUCGGAAAAUCAGUCUCUUUUGGUAAUGCCACCUUGGAAAAACAUCUGGUUGAUGUCAUCAAUAGCUCUAUCACUAUCACUACAUUUUGUUAUUCUAUACGUGGAAAUCUUGGCAACGAUCUUCCAGAUCACGCCACUCACACUAGUAGAAUGGUUCGCAGUGCUGAAAAUUUCAUUCCCCGUUAUUCUUCUAGAUGAAGCCUUGAAAUUCAUCGCUCGAAACUACAUCGAUGGUGAGAUUGUUUGCCGUACUAGUAUUUAUGAAAAACCAACUAAAAAACGUAUAUCACAUAUCCUAUUUACCAUUGUUAUGCUAACCACGCUUUGUGUUGGUUAUUUUUAUUGGCUUUUGAAACCAUAUUUUCCACAGCUAAUGCAUGCUAUUGGUAAGAAUCCACAAUCAAAUCCAAACAGUUUUCAUUUGCAUUCGCGUGAUGAUUUGUGA